GUUGAUCCGAAAGCUGUACUCGAAUUGAUACACGAUAAAGAUAGAAAAAGGCUGACUGCAUCUGCUUCUCGUAGUUCAAUGAACAGUGAAGAUUUGUUAAAAAAUGCAUUUGAGGAAGAGCCUAUGAAGCAAGCACGAUUCAAGCAAUACGUACAUUAUUUGAAACGAGGACUCAGCUUUCCUCGGCCAUUAGAUCUGACAACAUUGGAAUGGGAGCAAGAGCUAAGCGAUUUUCAAAAUAUCCUUCCGCCGGAGCUGCGUUCGCUUUUGCCGGAGGUCCGAAUGCGUCAGAAACCAUUGGUGCGCAUCGAUAUUGCGGCGCCAAUUGCCGACGUUUUGAAGUCGAAAUUCACUUCCAGCUCGGGUGCUUCCUCAUCUAGCAAAGUAAGUACUACUCCCCUUUUACUCAGAUUUGCGCUGUGA